AUGGAACGACCCGAAGAGAGAGGCGGCUCGGCUCGCGGAGGAGCUCGACCUCGCCGCGGGGGACUUCGGCGCCGCGGACGAGCGCGGGAGGCGGCUCUCGGAGCAGCUCGACGCGACGCGACGGGAGCUCAUCGACGCGCGGAGCGAGGCUGCCGCCGCGGGCGUCGCGAGCGGCGAGCUCCCGGGGAAGGUGCAACGGCUGGAGGCGGAGGUUCGCAGGCUCGUGAAGCUGCACGACGCGGAGACGAAGCGCCUCGUGGAGCUGCACGACGCGGAGCAGGCGCGGCUGUCGGACGUGAACGACGCGAAGCUGCGCCACGUCAUCGACCUCAGCGAGGCGGAAGCGAGGCGGCUCUCGGAGCUUCUCGACGAGGCGAACGGCGAGGUGAAACGUCUGAACGAGAAGAUCGUCGGGUUGGCGGACGGCGCGGAGGGGGAGAUCGAACGCCUGAAGGACCGCGUGCGUUUCGUCACCGACAGCGCGGAGCUGGACAAGGCGAAGGAGAUCCGCAAGCUGCGAGAAGAGCUCGAGGCGGCGAGCGAGAAGCUCGAGAAGGAGAAGGCGAGGCGGGUCGCGCUCGAGAGCGGCGAGGAGGAAGCCGCGGCGGCGACGCGAAGGGAGACGCGCGCGCUCAGGGAAGAGGUGGAAUCCCUGACGGCGGCGGCGGCGAGCGCGGAGGCGAGGGCGUCCAAAUCGAGAGAAGAGCUCGACGCCGCGCUCGAGAGAGAGCGCGCGGCCGCGGCGGAGCGCGAGCGCGCGAUCGCGGAGGCGGAGGCGGCGAAGAACGCGGCGGACGCGGCGGCGAAGGAGGCGGAGGAGGCGCGGACGCGGAUCCCCGCCGCCGCCGUCGCCGCCGCGAACGUCUUCGGCGAGGUCCCGAAGCUCAAGAAGCGCGUCGCCGCGCUCGAGGCGGAGCAGCUCGCCGCCGCGGAGGAUGUGGAGUCGCUCAAGUCGCGGAACGCGGCGCUCGAGGCGGAGCUCGCGGAGACGAAGGACGAGCUCGCGAGGACGAAGACGAAGCUCGCCGUCGUCGAGGCGAACCCGGCGGUUUCGGCGGACCACGUUACUUACGUGGAGUACGCGGCGCUGAAGAAGCAGCUCGAGCGGAUGGAGGCGGCGCGCGAGCCGCUGCCGUCGCCGCCGACGAAGACCUUAAGGAACGGCGUUCACCACGCCGACGGGGUCGUAUGGGGACCAGUGUCUUCGCCGGAGACGCGGUCGGAGAAGGCGGAGGCGGACCCUAA